AUGCUACCCGCGAAAAGCUCACUGCUGAAUGCAGUUUCGAAGAGGUCUUUCAGCACCCGCUUACCACUGCUGAACUUGUCAUUUAAGAUCAAACUCACUCCCAAUGAGAAAUCCCAGAUCAACUUGAAAACGAGUAAUUCGAGCUCGAACGGCACCCAAACUAAGAGAAUUGACCCCAGACUAGUCAAAAAAUUUCAAAGUGGGACUACAUACGAUCCUUUCGACUUUUCUUUAGCGAGGAUCCAUCUCGACAAGAAGUUUGCGUCUAGAAACUCCUCUAACGAUCUGUUCGACAAAAACGGCGUGGACCCACUGGACCUUUACACAAACCCGGAGUUUCUGUCGCAGUUCGUUACAUCCUCCGGCAAAAUUCUGCAUAGGGACGUGACUGGGCUCUCAGCCAAAAACCAACGUCGUUUGAGUAAAGCCAUCAGGAGAUGCCAAGCGAUUGGUCUCAUGUCCAAGACGCAUAGGGAUGUUUCCUAUCUACCAUCAAGAAUAAUGGGUAAAAUAUGA